CAGAAAGAAAGACAAGAAAAUCUCGCCAAACGAAGCCACAUAGCGACAACCCGCCCUCGCCCUCCGCAGAGCCCCCAAACGUUCCCGUUGGUCCCCGCAUUUUUCAUCUGGAUUCUCCCGCCUCACUCUGAGGAGAAACGCGCCCGAAAAAACACUCCUUAGCACACUUUAGCUGCUUCCGAAGAAGGCGGCACCGUUGUUUCUAAGUCUGCUCUGAUGGGCAUCAAAUAGUGAAGUCGCACAACCGAACGGCGUGUGCCGCGUUUACGUGGAAGCCACGCCAGUGUGCCAGUCGCGUUUUUCUUCCUUUCGUCAGCAGACUGGUGAAAACGCAGAACGGUGAGGUGUGGAGAGAGACCCAAGGGACUGUGUGUUUUUCUAGGAAAGGGAAGUCGUUUCUGCGACUGCCGGCCGCGAGCGACGUCGGGUUGCUCUCCACGGUUUUGUAUGUUAAAGUUGGGAAGUACGGAGUUGCAGUUGGCGGAAACUUUUGCGAUUCGAAUUCCCGGAAACGCUUACCCGCACAAGAAGCCUUGAAGUGGUGGGACCUGGGAGUUCAAAGUGCUUCUCAGUGUGAUUUUCUUCCCUUCCUGGCGUUACUCGCCUGGUAUCAGGGAACAAGCCUUGAAACAUCUGCACGGGUGGAACUUAGACGUCGUUUCGAUUCGCGUGGGGGAUAAAAGGAGAGUCAGACCGGUUCGUCGGUUUCCCGGAUUCGCCUGGAGUGUUUCGCAUUCAUGAGACUCAAUCCUUAGAGGUUUUUUCUCCUUGGUUUUUGGUAUGAAGUGAAUCUGCUGCGGCCGGUGGUAUGCCUUGUUUUCCUGCUUCAGCACGUCUCAGUUUCGUCCUCUCCGAGUUUUCUUGUUGCCGUCGGUCUCAGAUGGAUUGACACCUAUUCCUGUGUUUUCUUUACACCUCUGGAAGCCGCGCUUUUCUGCCGUUUGCGUUCCACCACUGCCUGUAUUGCCUGUUGUCGCGACUUCUCAGUCGUUUUCUCGCCACCAGUUUCAGGCCCUUCAAAAUUUCGUUUGUUCCAGUGCAUGCCGCGCGUGCAGAAGUGCACCGAGUGGGUGCGUAAUUCGUUUUCAGUGUUUUUCCCGUCCGACAGUUCCAGAAAAUGGGUCAACACGGUGCUGAGAGCGCUCCGCUUUCGCACGCCGGGAUCUCUUGUCGCGUUCUCUCCGAAGGUGAAACACAGCACCAAGAUGCAGAUCGUUUUCUACAGAAAUUCGGAAGCAGAAUGUUGGACGUGGCCCGUCUCGCCGCGACAAAUGCGUAUGCGCCAUACACGGGCAUGAAGACCGGGUGUGCCGUGCUGACGGCGAAGGGAACUAUACACGCAGGCUGCACCGUAGAGAACGUCUCGUACCCGUGCUCGCUAUGCGCCAUCCAUUGCGCCGUCUCGGCAGCUGUGUCGUCUGAGCUCGGGAGACAAAGUCGCCUGGAAGGACAUAUCGUUGCGUGUGUCGUCGUGGACUUGGUGUUGGCCGGUGAGAACACGCAGACAGACAAGGGCGCAGCGGUUGCACCUGAGGGAGCGAAGACAGGCGCGGCUCUCGUGAAGAGCCGUGCGCUGCAGCGCCUGACUGUCCCUGGAUGUUGUCGUCAGUGGCUGCGAGAAGUCCAGGGACCUCGCAAGGAUGUCGAAAUUCUUCUUAUGCGUUUCCGGGAUCAGCCGGACACUGCGUGCGCCGGCGCGGCGCCCGAGGACAACGCCCAAACGGCAAACAAACGCCCCAGAAAAUCUCUCCGCGGCCUGUUUGAACACUGCGUGUCUAGCCGAGUCGACUGCCUUAGCCACGUUUUCCCGUCCGUUCUGGGCCACGCGCCUUCGGGCGAUUUUCCUGGAGGCUGUUGGCCAGAUUUUCCAACUUUGAACGAAACUCGCUGGUUCCGCAUGAACGCGGACGUGACAAUGAUAGAUGACUCCCCAGUUCCUCCGUUCCUUCCCGGAAUGAUCCGCACGCUGUCGACCGCGCUCCGUCGCGCAUACUGUCCGUACUCGGAGUUUCCCGUUGGCGCUGCAGUCCUCACUGACAAAGGCGUUUUUAUUGGCUGCAAUGUCGAAAACGAAGUGCUCUCUUUAGGGCUCUGUGCCGAGCAGACAGCCAUUGCGAAUGCUGUCGCAAGCGGCGCCAGGGAGUUCAUUGCGGUCGUCGUGGCCUUCCAGAAUUUCGUCCAGUGCUUUGGCAGGCCUUGCGGAAAGUGCAGACAAGUGAUCGAGGAAGCCAGUUCAAUGUCGAGUGGCAGAACUGGCUCUGUCACUGUUUAUUCCUGUCGCAGAGUGAUCGACGGGUCGGCUGAACUAAACUGCGAUAGCAGCAUACCCACACGGUGGCAGUGCCAAGCCGUACGGGGAGUUGGUCUGUUGCCUUAUGCGUUCAACUCACUCGAUGUAGCGACAAGUGCUGCAAGCGAGAGCAGCGAGGAAAGCCUCAACGGAAGUCAAGUGUAGAGCGUCAGCGUGCAGUUGGGAUUGGGUGUACUUCUCCCCCUUCAGGGAAGGGAGUGUUUAGCAACUGAGAUGCAACGUGGCCACACAGGGGACUUGACGAGUUUGGCCUGUUCGACGAGAGAGGUCAACGUUUCUGGAAUGUGAUAGAGUCAUUGUGAGACUCCGGCUUCAGAAUUUCCUUCCGUUCAGUGGCUCUAUCUGAGGUUUUUGCUGGGAAAUGUUUUCGAUCACCUUGGGUCUACAGACCUCAUUCAGAACUGGAUACUCAACCCAGGCACGGCCUUGUCUGCUUUAAAACACUUCUUCCA